AUGGGCAGAAGAUCCCAAAGUACGCAGCCAGGUGCAUACAGCGCCCAGCAGCCUCAAAAAUGGCGGCCUUGUCAUAGCCCGCACGGCUCAAAGGAUAUAACCGAGGACUUGGCGGAACUUCACACAACUUGGCCUCCUACAGCCAAGCUGGUGGGCCAGGAAAAGCUGACCCCGGCCACCAAGCAGGACAUUGCUGAUCUGUUGCAGGAGAUGCGGCAGGUGCAUGCCGCAGACCUAGACCUACUGUGGACCUGA